GCUGCAAACACAUGCACUGCUAAUGCAGGUGAGGAGCGAGCGGGCGAGCAGACUGAGAAUGCGGGACGCGAGAAGACACAUUUCGCUGGAUUUUGCCUGAAACAUUUCUAAACACUUUGUGGGAAUUACAGUUUUUUUUCUCGCCCUCUUAUUCCAUUCUCUUUUCAGAUGUACCGCGCUGCGGGUUUUUCUCCCGUGUAACUGACAAAACUACAAAACACAACGUGUUAAGUCAAAGGAGGUAAAGCAAUCUGGGCACUUGGAUGAUUUCAAAAACGACAGGACAGCUCAUUUGCUGCUUAUUCGCGGUUAGAAGGUAAGAAGACGGACAGCUGUGUAAAGUACUGUAUCAUCAUUAGUUCGGAAUCAGUGUUGGCUGUAUUGAUAUUAUUCCGCAUUGGGGAAAUAUCUUCAAAUGAGAUGGUCUCUGGUACUCGAAGCUAGGAUUUUAAACUCCGUUGUUUUUUGUGCUGUUGCAUUAUAAAUUGUUUUAAUGCUACAAUAAAACGGACUUGGACUGUCUUCGGCAAAGUGACAUGAAGGCACAUGCAGUUUAUCACCAUUAUCCUUUAAUUGUGUAAAUAAAUCGAGUUCUCAUGAAGAAUUUUUUGACCCACGGCAAGAGGAAACGGGUCAUUUCAGUAUUACUGUGGGCAGAUUGCGGAUUUUUGGUGAAAGAGGGAAAGUGAUUCCAGCUGCGGUGUGAAGGGGAGAUAAUCGUGGUUUAUGUCCUGGCUGAAAUUUACUGCAGCUAAAACGGUGAACGGAGUAGGCGUCCGGAGAAUGAAGUCGCAUGCACUGGGAAACGAAGGACUUCACUAGAACGCAAAGCGAAAAUAAAUAGGCUAACGUUUGCAGUUAUUAGUCUAUACAAAUCAGCGACAUCCCAGCACGAUUUUAAAGACUGAAACAACGAAUUGAGCUGCAGAAAACCAUGAGGACUACUGGUGCAGUGGACUAUUUAUGCUACUGUUUACUCCUCCUGCAGUUGCUGACUCAGCCUGCUGCUAAGCAAGUCCUGCGAUACCGCAUGGCUGAAGAGGGUCCGGCCGAUGUGAGGAUAGGGAACGUAGCCGCAGACCUCGGAAUUGUAGCCGGGUCUGGUGAAGUGACAUUCACCCUGGAAUCGGGAUCCGAUUAUUUUAAAAUUGACAAUAUUACUGGGGAGCUUAGCACUAAUGAGCGGCGGAUAGACCGGGAGAAAUUACAGCAGUGCCAGAUGAUAUUUGACGAGAACGAGUGCUUCAUAGAUUUCGAGGUGUCUGUGAUUGGACCGGCGCAGAGCUGGGUAGACCUGUUCGAAGGGAAAGUGAUAAUAUUAGAUAUUAACGACAACACCCCUUCCUUCCCCUCCCCGGUACUGACUUUAUCAGUGGAGGAGAACAGACCCAUAGGAACGCUUUAUUUGUUGCCCACGGCCACCGACAGAGAUUUUGGCAGGAACGGCAUUGAGAGAUAUGAGCUGUUACAGGAUAGCGGGGAGAGCUCCGGCAGGCGAUCAGGGUCGAGCUCUGGGGGACGCGCAGACAGCGGAGACGGCUAUUCGGGCAAAAGGAGGUUCGACGCCGACGCCGCGAGCAGGAGCAGCGUCUUCGAGCUCCAAGUGGCCGACACCACCGACGGCGAGAAGCAGCCGCAGCUGAUCAUCAAGGGGGCCCUGGACAGGGAGCAGCGGGAUUCGUACGAGCUGACGCUACGCGUGCGGGACGGCGGCGACCCUCCUCGGUCCUCCCAGGCCAUCCUGCGAGUGAUGAUCACCGACGUCAACGACAACAGCCCGCGCUUCGAGAAGAGCGUCUACGAGGCGGACCUGGCGGAAAACAGCUCGCCGGGCGCCCCCAUCCUGCAGCUGAAGGCCGGCGACUCGGACGUGGGCGUGAACGGGCAGAUCGAGUACGUCUUCGGGGCGGCCACCGAGUCCGUCCGGAGGCUCCUCCGGCUGGACGAGAGCUCGGGCUGGCUGAGCGUCUUGCACCGCAUCGACCGCGAGGAGGUCAGCCAGCUUCGCUUCACCGUCAUGGCCCGGGACCGCGGCCAGCCGCCCAAAAUGGACAAGGCCACCGUGGUCCUCAACAUCAAGGACGAGAACGACAACGUGCCCAUCAUAGACAUCCGGAAGAUCGGCAGGAUAUUCCUGAAGGACGGCGUGGCCAACGUGGCGGAGGAUGUGGUGGUGGACACCCCCAUCGCUCUGGUGCAGGUGUCCGACAGGGACCAGGGGGAGAACGGGGUGGUGACGUGUACGGUGGUGGGCGACGUACCCUUCCAGCUGAAGCCGGCCAGCGAGAUCGAGGGCGAGCAGAACAAGAAGAAGUACUUCCUCCACACGUCGGCCCCUCUGGACUACGAAGCCGUGCAGGAGUACAACGUCGUCAUUGUGGCCGUGGACUCGGGGAGCCCCAGCCUGUCUAGCAACAACUCCCUGAUCGUAAAGGUGGGGGACACCAACGACAACCCCCCUAUAUUCAGCCGGAACGUUCUGGAAGUGUCGUUCCCAGAGAACAACGCCCCUGGCGAAACGGUGGCCGCGGUGGUGGCGGUGGAUGCCGACAGCGGCAAGAACGCCGAGAUCGCCUACUCCCUGGACUCCUCCGUCAACGGGAUAUUCUCCAUCGACGCCGACAGCGGGGACAUCCGGGUGAACGCCAUUUUGGACAGGGAGCAGACGGAGAGGUACGAGUUCAAAGUGGUGGCCAAAGACAAGGGCGUCCCAGUCCUCCAAGGGUCGGCCACAGUCGUGGUGCUGGUGUCGGACAGGAACGACAACGAGCCCAAGUUCAUGCAGGAAGUGUUCACGUUUUACGUCAAGGAGAACCUGCAGCCCAACAGCCCUGUGGGCAUGGUGACGGUGAUAGACGCCGACAAGGGGCACAACGCGGAGAUGAGCCUUUACAUCGAGGAGGAGGAGGACAUAUUCUCCAUCGAAAAUGACACGGGCACGAUAUUCUCCACUAUGUCGUUCGACAGGGAGCUGAAAACCACCUACACGUUCCGGGUGAAGGCGGUGGAUGGAGGGGAGCCCCCUCGGUCUGCGACGGCCACGGUGUCCCUGUUCGUAAUGGACGAAAACGACAACCCUCCCACCGUCACUUUCCCCAGCAAUGCCUCGUACACCCUGCUCCCACCGUCCAGCAACGUCCGGACAGUGGUGAGGACGGUGCAGGCUACGGACACCGACACGGGCAUCAACGCCGACCUCAACUUCAGCAUCGUGGGCGGGAACCCCUUCAAGCUGUUCGAGAUCGACACAGCCAAUGGCGUGGUGUCGCUGGUGGGGAAGGUGGAGCAGAAGCACUACGGCCUGCACCGCUUGGUCGUCCAAGUAAACGACAGCGGGAUCCCGUCCCAGUGCACCACCACCCUCGUCCACGUCUACAUCAACGAGACCCUGUCCAACUCCACCGUGGUCGAUGCCCAGAUUGCCAAGAGCCUGGUCAUGCCGCUUUCGGUGGACGUGGCGGGCGACCCCAACUACGACCUGGGCAAGCAGCGGCUGAGCAUCGUCAUCGGCGUGGUGUCGGGCAUCAUGAUCGUCAUCCUGAUCAUACUGGUGGUGGUCAUGGCGCGCUACUGCAGGCCCAAGAACAAGAACGGUUAUGAGGCGGGCAAGAAGGACCACGAGGACUUCUUCACGCCGCAGCAGGACAAGAACAAGAAGCCCAAAAAGGACAAAAAGAACAAGAAGUCGAAGCAGCCGUUGUACAGCAGCAUCGUCACGGUGGAGGCGUCCAAGCCAAACGGGCAGCGCUACGACGGCGUCAACGAGAAGCUCUCCGACAGCCCCGGCAUGGGACGCUACCGCUCGGUCAACGGAGGGCCCGGGAGCCCGGACCUGGCCAGGCAUUACAAGUCGAGCUCGCCGCUGCCCACCGUCCAACUCCACCCACAGUCGCCCACGGCGGGGAAAAAGCACCAGGCCGUACAGGACCUCCCGCCAGCUAACACCUUCGUGGGGACGGGGGAUAACAUAUCCAUCGGAUCGGACCACUGCUCCGAGUACAGCUGUCAGACCACCAACAAAUUCAACAAACAGCCGUUCCGCCGAGUGACCUUCUCUGUGGUGAGCCAGCCCCAGGACCCCCACCAGGGAUCGCUGCAGAGCUGCUACGACAGCGGCCUGGAGGAAUCGGAGACGCCCAGCAGCAAGAGCUCGUCCGGACCCCGGCUGGGAGCCCUGCCCCUGCCUGAGGACAACUACGAGAGGACUACGCCGGAUGGAAGUGUCGGUGAGGGAGAGCACAUGGAAAAUGACUCUCGGCCCCUGCCCGACGUAGCCAUGACAGGCAAGUGCACUCGGGAAUGUGACGAGUACGGACACUCGGACUCUUGUUGGAUGCCUGUACGGACAUCGCCGGAACGCCGGCCGAAGAACAACCAACCAAAGCUCUCGACCUUCAUGCCCAGCACCGCCGAGCACGGCAGCCAGGAGACCCUCGCCAACGGAGACCCGGCCCACAUGGUGGGCGACCGCAACCGGAACCUUCUGAACAAGAAGAUGUCCUCGUCCUCGUACGACACCUUCAGCGCCGCCAGCUUCGGGAAGAGCGAGGACGCCAGGGGCGAGGACAUCCCCCUGGCACAGACCGGCGAGUACAAGCCGUCCCCCUGCGGAACGCUCACCCGCCGCGAGGUGUACCUGUGAGGCCUCCGCCCCGCCAACCGCAGGGGACCCGUCCGGGAUUUUCAAAAAAACGCCGAAAAAAUUUAAUAAAAAUAAAACGCAAAGGCUACGAAUCGACGAAAUUUGACGAGAAACGAAAUUACGUAAAACCAACACCCACCACACAUAACGAACCGAACGCGCGCGAUGGAACGGCCGAUUAUAUGAACAGAAGCUAAACGAAAAACCGACCGUCGAACGACGGGCGUAACGGGAAACGAAAAAUUCCGACUCACAACCUGAGAGAGGACGAGGGUAACGGUGAAGAGGAGAAGGAACAAAAAAAUAGAAAAAUAAAUAAAAAAUAAAAAAAAAACACGAAGCUUGACACCGGGUUCUGGUACUGGCGAGGCGGGUCGGGUCGGGUCUGGCUCUGAGACCUCUUUUUGCUGCCUGAUAAUUUCAAUGUACGAUGUAGAAUUCAUUUUCAUAACUUGCAUGCAUAAUCUGCCCUUAAAGACAGUGCUGUGUAAAUGUACGGUUUUUUGCAGAACCAUUUUUAAACGGACUUUUGAGCGAGGCGGGGAGACUCGACGGUCUCGCGUCUGACUCGGUGGGGAGGGAUCUGAGGAGCGAUGGUUUCUGUGGACGUGUUCUCGGCCGGCCUCCAUGCAAAUGCCACGUUUCUGUGCCGUCCGGUUGAAUUCUGUCACGUCCGAAUCGCCCCACAAUGCAGACAAAGAUGCAAAGUCAAAUAUGACUGAAGAAACAAAAAAACAUUCGAAUGGAAGAGGAAGCAUGACCAUCUUCAUGAACGUAGAAUCGAUAUCCAGUCUACAGACUGAAAGACUGAGCUUUAAUAUGGUGUUCUGUGGUUUAGACUGUGGCUGCAAUGUCUCACUCCUUAUUAGCAAUGAAACAUUGCGUAUGCUUACCGCAGUUUCAGUGGAAUCCAUGAAUCCCUUCUGUAAUGUUAAAGUGACGAUAACCUUUGGCUCAAGUGACAGACCGUAGACUUACUCUGAAAGAUGUAAGUUUACAUGUGUGCUCUAUCUCUUUCUUGCUCUCUAUCUCUCUCUCCCCCUUUCUUUCUGUCUCUCUCGCUCACACACACACGCACACACACACACAUGCACAUGUGUGUAUAUAUACAUAUAUACUUAUGCGUCUAUAUGUAUAUAUACUUAAAUGCCCUCACAUGCUUUAAGUCCACUACUUUCUCACUUUCUCUCUCUAUAUAAAUAUAGAUAUUUGUAUAUCUUUGGAUGAUAUCAGAGUUGAGGAUAACCCAAGAAAUUGCAGGUUUUUGAGCCAUUAUCAAUCAAUGUUUGACGGUCUUUGCUUGAAUGACGUAAAUAUGUGUAAACACGGUUGUACAUAUCACCUUCAAAGGGAAAAAAAAGAAAAAAAACAGGACACCCUACAGGACCUUUUGUAAUUCAGUACCUUUUUUUUUUUUUUUUCCCUGGAGUUUAACCGCAAAGACGACGAAAACAAACACGGACGACUAUUUGUGUCAAGCAAGGAUAAGAACGUGACCUAACAUGCGGCUUCUUAGGGCUUGUGAGAAGUAUCUGGAUGGUUCUGAAUGCUCACUACGUGUGCUUACAGUACACGGUCCAGCCUCGCUCUGCUUGCACCCACUGUGUCUGCAGUGAGAACAGGCAUCAGAGUGCAGUAUAACCCCUCCCUCUGACCUGAGGUGCAUGCCUAAAAAGAAUACCCACAAUGCAGUGGGCCUUGAGCAACAGCCUGGCUCAGACCUGCUCCAUCGUAUGUACGUGUGUGUGCCGUACGUGUGUGCGCGUGUGUCCACAUAUAUGUGCAUGAACGUAUGUGCGUGUCUGUGAGAAAUGGAGCAAUAAACACACACACCCACACACACACACAGACAAACAGACGUACACAUGCGUGCGCAUAGAUGUCACAUGCACCCCAUCUGUUGCAUUGCUGCGUUGUAACUGCGGUUACGAAGACCAUCGACGCCGUCCAGCUCGGCGGAGUAAAAACAAUCAGAGCCUCCGUCGGAAAAGGUACUUAAAACGAGCUUGGGCGGGCGAACACAAUAUGCAUUCUGCAUAAAAUCCAACAAAUGGGUGUCAUAGAUAAACCAAAGUAUUGGAAAUAACAACCUGGCAUGAAGGUAUGAAUAAAUAAAUAAUAAAAUAAAAAAAAACGUGUUUCUCUGGUAAGUUUUAGACAAAUACAAAAGAAAAUAAAAACUGAAAAAAUAGCUUUUGGUAGUAUGUUGCUUUAAAAAACAUGCGUAUGUGUAAAUGUAUAGUCAAAAAGUAUAGGUUUGACCGAUCGGGUGAGAAUGCGAGGCGCCGCAAAAAAACUAAACGUCCGUCCCGUUUUAAACCAACGCUGGGAAUCUCGAGGUUUUGUGCCCUGUUAUCCUCCGGCGGACAGCGGCCGUACUGGGAAUUCGUCCUCCCGAGAAAACCCUGUGUCGAGGUAAUGAGGCACAAGAUCUGGGAGAGACCAAGCGAAAGAAUCUCAGAUGCAAUUGGACAUUUUUGUACGUUAGAUAAUCCUCGGUUUAAACGACUGCUUUUUUACCGCAGUCUAUCCUUCUGUAGUCUGUAAGUACUACUUGUUGUUAAGAGAAGUGCUUCUAUGCUUAUAAAACUGUAUACAUAAAUAUGUACUUUUUAUUGCACGUUUAAAGGGAAUUUACUUCACUUAAGCGAAGGAAAAAUAAAACAAAAAUGUACAAAAAAAAUAAUCUCCUCCUGUGACCAUGGAAGUCCAUCUUGUUGCUUGCUUUUGUUAUAUCUAAAGAACCAUUAGCCAUGUAGUGUAACUUAGUAUAUCGGUUCGGAAAGAGGAUGAAGUAUACUUGGGAUUCAUCAACACUUUUUACGUCGACAUGUCAUUUUAAUCAUUUUGUUUUUAUGUUUGUUUUUGCUUUUUGAUGACCGGAUUUGAUUUGUACCCCCUCCCCCCCUCCCUCAUUGAGAAUGAGUUUAUUUUAGUGAUAGUGAGUCUGUGAUGAGAGCUACAAUACCUAUACAAGUCUAACUUUCUUAAUACAUUGAACCAAGUUGCAACUUUUUACUGGCAUGACAUUUAAUUCCAUUUGUUUUUUAAUGAGUAAUAAGGAUAAUGGUUGUCAUAGCAAUGGCCGUCAUUAUAAUUAUUCAAAUUUUUUGUUUUUUUUUACUUUUCCUUUUUUCUGGUGCCACUUUGUAUAUUUAGAGUGCUUCUGUAAAACUAUAGAGUGAAUGCAAAUUAUGCAACUGUGCCUUUUAUACCGAUGGGUAUGAUUCAAUGUGGACUGAGAAUGGUGUAAAAUUAUAAAUUAUACUGGCUUAAUGAAAAGUUGGAAGGUAUUGAAUUGUAAAUUGAAUACAUUCUUGUGAUUUCUCAAAACCUACGACAUGGCUUCUCGAAUCAUGACCAGCCAAAUGUGGGAAAAAUAAAUAUCGAACGACUUUCACCGGGUACAGUAAUGGGACAUUCCAACCAGGAGUGCUGCAUUCCAACCAGGAGUGCUGCAUUCUAAUUUGUAUUGCCACAUUCUAAUCUGUAAUGCAGAAUUGUAAUCUGGAGUGCCGCAUUCUAAUUUGGAGUGCCACAUUCUAAUUUGGAGUGCCGCAUUCUAAUCUAGAGUGCCACAUUCUAAUCUAGAGUGCCGCAUUCUAAUCUAGAGUGCCGCAUUCUAAUCUAGAGUGCCACAUUCUAAUUUAGGGUGGCACAUUCUAAUCUGGUGUGGCACAUUGAAAUCAGGGGUGGCACAUCAUAAUCAGCAGUGACACAUUCAAAUUCAGGUGUGGCCACACACUUUUGAAAAAAAAAAAAAAGAAUUUCAAAGAAAACAUGGAUAGUAUUGAGUUGUGCGCUGUUCCUAUAAGUAACUGGUGCAGAGGUGCACUGACCCCUGCUCAUGGGAACCCUCCAAACUUGCACAGUUGUUAAAAGCGGCUGAAUACAUUUGGUGGUGGAGACACAGGGACGCUAAUGUGAAAGGUACACAGGAUUAACAGAGAAGCUGCAGAGGACGGCGCUGGCUGAAUUCACACCUCAGAGGGUGGAACAAGUCAACCCUAACCCCAGACUCACACACACACACACACAAUCUAAUCUGAGAAGCUGUCCCCCCCUGUCUGAUUCCCUCCACCAGUGGCAAAGUAACGUUUCACUGCGCUCUCAAAUAGCGUCAGAAUACUGUCUGCUCCAAAGUGUUUUCCGUGUGGACAGAUUAGAGGCAGGCGACAACGCGCCCUGCAUCGGAGAUGAAGAGAGAAAGGACGAGUCGUGGCGCGCGGGUCAGGGAACCGGGAAGGUAGCCAGAGGAGACGCAGGUCUGGAGUCCCAGCUGCGGCAUCAUCGAGUUAAGGUGCACUGAUAUCAUCUGCAUAAAUCAAUAACAAACCCCACGUAGGUUAGCUCUGAUAACGCCGUACGCUAACCUAUGGCCUACAACAGAGAAUGAAAGUGAACGUAAGCGGAUAGAUAGAUGGAGAACUAGACUGAGGAGGAGUAACGAUACAGAGAUUGCAGAUGAAGGGCAGUACCUUCACCCAUCUGAUAUGAAAUCGAUCGAUUGGCACGGUAACCGCUUUGACUGACAGGAUGAAGACGGGUUUCCGCGAGAAAAACAAAGCAGCAGGGCGAUGACCAAAAAAUUCAAUGAAAACAUUUUUUUAAAUCCUUAACUCCUGUCACAAAAUGGAGGAUCGUCUAAGCAUUGGUCUGACAUGAUGUCUUUUUUCCUCCUUAAGCGAGGUUAUCUGUGGUGUGUGUCCAGCCAGCCCUGUCCUAAGACAUGCAUUCACAGUCUGUGUGAUCAGAUCUUUGUAAUAUUAAUCAUAAACUAUUUGUCCUGCAACUUGGAUGUUGAUAUAGAAUUGAGGAACAAUUUAUCAUCAUUUAUUAUGAGUCACUAUGCACGCAGCGAAGCUGAACAUGGCAAAAUGUAUUGAACGCAAGUCCACUUCUAUUUAUGAAAUAUUUUACAUAAUUUAAUUUGCUUUUGUACAGUUUUCUGUAAAUAAAUUGCUUGUCAUUUUUGUCUCUGCAAAAUUAAAAUAUAACAUGUUAAAACCA